CUAUAAUAAAUUUUGGAACAGCCAACGUAAAACAACUUUUGUAACGACCCACGUGCAUGAUGUUAUAUAAGUACGUAUAUUGUCACUUCAUACAUACGCUCUGUCUUGCAGCUCGACGACCAUUACGAAUUUACAAUUGAGUAACGUACCAUGGAGUUCAAAGAGGACUUUGAUUUCAAGAAAGUUAUGAAAACGGUCUUUGACACGUUGAAAAAAGAUGACACAGAAGAUUAUGACAAACUCGAAGAAGACCCAGAAGAAGAAAAAACUGCGAGACUAAAAUGAAGGAAACAUACGACGAAUAUGUUCACAUGCUGAAACAUGCAAACACACUGGACGAAGCGCUUGCACACCUGUCCCCAGAAAGACAAGAAUUGAUUAGAACAGUCUUUGAUUGUCAUAGUUUCAAAGUUGAUAUCCAGCGAGAGAAAGAUGGGUCUAUAAAUCUUCUAUUCGAAUCGAUCACAGGAUCCAAGCUCCCAUUUCUUCCCUCCCUCGUGAAGCUAGAUGAGACAAACUAUGCCGAAUAUGACAAGUUGCUUGUUGCUAGAAUCAUUGUUGAAGUCUUAAUGCUAGCCCUGAAGUUUGUCGGUGUCACCGUGAAAUUUUCGGAUAAAGUUAUUGGCGAAGCGAUAAAGUAUAUUUCCGACUCAUUCGUUGCAGCGGACAGAGUUAUAGCUGACGUUAAGAAAUUGAUUGCUGAUGCGGAAACACGCGAUGUUUUUUUGGUUGCAAUGGAUAUAGUUACAAUAUUAAUCGACAUGUUUGCUGUUUUGGCAGGACCAGUCAUCAGGGUUUUCAAAAUCUUAGUCCAAAGUCUGUCUUGGUUCAGUAUCAUCAUUAUUGUUUGCCAAGCGUUAUGUUUCAUCGUUAUAACCACUCUGUCAGGCGGAGCAGCCAUCAUUGCCAAGGUAAUAUCCUGGUUACUGCACUCAGCCUUCUUCAUUAAUAAGUUGAUACAGAAAAACGAGUAUGAUGCAAUUACAUUUCCUAAACAAUGCUAGCCAGACAGACAAAUUUCCUGUACCGAGUUGGAAAAGAAAGUUUGCAUUCUGUUACAGAAAAUUUGUGUACACUAAUGAUAUGUUUAGUAUUAAACGUUGUAGAAUGUUUUGUAGAUAGGUAAUAUUUUAUUGAAAUUGAUAAUUUGCAGAACGUUUUAACGUGUGUAUAGCUGAGGAUAGCAAGAUAAUGCCUUUUAUAAAUCUUUGUUAUUAUUUUAGAAACUUGACAAUUUUAACGUAACAUCAUUUAUAACCUAAAUCCAUAUGGUGUUACGUCAGUGACAUGCAGUCCCGAACACUUUUGUUGAUCCGUAGAUGAGAUGAAGGCAACAGGUGCUGAUUAAAGGUCAUGUUACGAGACACAACAAAGCUGCACAAUAUUGCAACUUUUACUUUUCAUAAUUAAGCUAUUCACACAAAACCAAUAUUAUCGUUUCAAAACAAAUUAGACCAUUGCAUGGUCAAGCAUUUCCUCAAAUGUUGAUACUUAAUUUGCCAGUUUGCUAAUGUAUGCACGUAUUUACAGAAAUUCCAAGCCAAGAAGUGCACAUUUUUUUUGCAACUGAAUUAUUUUUAAUAGAUAAAUAUAAAAAUAUUAUUAAUGUUAAGCAUCACUAUUAAUCACAUCUACCUUAAUAUAUUCAGUACAACCUUUGUUAUUUGUAAUAGUCAUAAGAAUACAGACAAAGAAAGAUUAUAUACCUUGACAUGGUUUUGUCAUUCACUCUUUUGUCACUUUAAUAUCAAGUGCUUAUAACUGUUAGGCAAAAUGUGUGCUAAUCUGAAAUUAGGAAAGGUACAUGAUGUUAUGAAAAACUAAAAUUUUACAUUUGGAAAAAGACUUAUUUAUUUAACGAUUCUUUUUGUAGUUGUUAAAGGAAGUGAUAUUUUUUCAAAGUUGAAACCCAUGGUAUCUUAGCUAACAUGGAUACACUGUCUGUCUCAUUUUUGAACAUGAUUUAUUGUUUUAUAUAACACUAAUAUACGCAUCUAUCUCCUCUUAUACGUGUACAGUGUAUAUCAAAUAUUAUUUUA